GCCUCGUACCAGGAUGUAGGGGGCGGGGCCGGGUAGCCCGCACCGGGAUGCCGGGGGCGACUCCGGCCCGGCAGGUGGUGGGGGAGGCUCCGCCUCCCGCGCAGGCGGCUCAGCUGAGCCCACGUAGCGCUGGCGCUGCCCGGCCCUGGAGGCGGUGAGGUGUUGCGGGGCGCGUCACUUGCCGCGCAGCCAUGAGCUUCAAUCGCACGGAGAGCGACUGGCAGGGGCUGGUGGGCGAGUAUCUCGUAUGUAAAAGAAAGCUAGAAAGUAAAAAGGAAGCAUUGCUGAUACUUUCCAAGGAACUGGACACAUGUCAACAGGAGAGAGACCAAUACAAGCUUAUGGCCAAUCAGCUGCGGGAACGUCACCAGUCACUGAAAAAGAAAUACCGGGAGCUGAUUGAUGGGGAUCCCUCUCUUCCUCCUGAAAAAAGGAAACAGGCUAAUCUUGCCCAACUAUUGAGUGAUUCUCGGGAUCGAAAUAAGCACCUGGGAGAAGAAAUUAAACAACUUCAACAAAGACUGGGAGAAGUACAAGGAGACAACAAGCUCCUUAGAAUGACAAUAGCAAAACAAAGACUUGGAGAUGAAGAAGUUGGGGCACGCCACUUUGCAGCACACGAGCGUGAAGACCUUGUUCAGCAGCUGGAGAAAGCACGAGAACAAAUUGAGACUCUGGAACAUGAUCUUCAAGCCGCGUUGGAUGAACUGCAGGAUGUAAAGGAAGAACGCUCUUCUUAUCAAGAUAAAACAGACCGACUGAACCAAGAGCUUAAUCACAUCCUGGGAGGACAUGAAAAUCGCAUCAUUGAUGUAGAUGCCCUGUGUAUGGAAAACAGAUACCUUCAAGAGAGAUUAAAGCAACUUCAAGAGGAGGUCAACCUUCUUAAAUCUAAUAUUUCUAAGUACAAGAAUGCUCUAGAGAGACGGAAAAAUUCAAAGAUUCACAGUAGAUCCAGCAGCAGUGCACUGACUGGAGUCCUUUCUGCAAAGCAAGUCCAAGAGUUGUUAUCGGAGGACCAUGGUUGUAGCCUACCCGCCACGCCGCAGUCCAUUUCAGAUCUCAAAUCUUUGGCUACUGCCUUGCUGGAGACUAUCCAUGAGAAAAACAUGGUCAUACAACACCAAAGGCAAACCAACAAAAUUCUAGGUAAUCGGGUGGCAGAAUUAGAGAAGAAGCUGAGAACUUUGGAAAUUUCUGGUUUGUGGAGUCUUCCAGGCCUGAGCUACAAUGUCUCAGUGGGAUUUGGGAGUGGAAAAGAUACCAUAACAUUCAGUGACCCAACCCUGCCUGUUCUACAGAGGUCAAGAUCGCCAUUGCUAACAUUUGCUGACAAGCCACAACAGAAUCAAGCACAGAGGCAUGAAGCAAAACAGAAUGGAAAACCAGAUGAAAUUUAUGCUGUUUCAACAGAGUUGACAGUUCCAGAGGAAGCUGCUACGGUCUACGACAAUUCCCAAGCAAACAUAAAUAACAGUAACCAAACUAAGCCUUUUCAUCCCUCAUUACCCAAGUUUCCUUCUGAGGAGGAAGAAAUAAACAGUCUUGGAAGUAAAAUAAUUAAAUUGACAGAACAGGCAGCUGCAGAACUGGAAGGGAGCAGAACAGAAAGUCUACCGGAGGGCCGGAGUACAAUGGACCAAUCAGAACUUAGCAGCUCAUCCAAGGAAGAGUCCCCCUUAUCCAGCCCUGACCCAUUUGACCCUGUGGAGCCAUCAAAUUCCAAGAAUGAGCAUGCAGCUGAAAAUUGGGUCCUGAAAGACCGUGAGGAAAUCUCAGAGAAUGAAUGUGAAAAUGUAAGUAAGAGAGAGGGUGGAAAUGGCAACACACUGGACGCUGAAGACACAGAAGGAUGUGGAGAACUAACUGUUUCAACCUCUGACUUAAGCAACAUCUCCAGUAAUCCCCCUGAACCUGAGUGUGACAAAUCAUCUGAUCCUUCUGAAUGCUCCGAAUAUUUGGAUAACAGCAUGGCUUGUGGUAUGAAAUCCAAGAUCUCAAGCUUCUCCCUUUCAUCCUCUUACAGUGGAAGCUGUACUGCCAUGAGUACGGAUAGUCACUGAAUUAAUCUGCCAUAGAAUUGGGUUUUUUACAUGGGUCUGUCAGCAUUUGUCCAUUAAAAAGAUGUUUUUCUAUUAACAUUGACUGUGCUUAACCAAAAUAAUGUAAAUAUAUAAAAUGGAUAGAACUUGAAAAUGAUGGGGGCCAGGGUUAAUGAUGGCUCUGGUGUUUACAGUGAUUGAAGUUUCUAGAGAGACUGACAUAAUUGAGAAAAAAUGGGGCCAGGAGACUCACCAUUAUCCUUUAUCAUGUCAAGUCCUAGCUGGGUCUCCAUAGCAUGUAUGCUCUUGUCCAAUGCACAAUGCUUACUGGUGUGUAUUUUAGGAGUUUCAAAUGGCUAUUGUCAGCAGAUGAAAAUUUGAAAUGAUAAACUAAAAGAAUGUAAAGGUAACAUGCUUUUGUUUAUUUUUCCAAACUUGUGUUCUCUCUGUGCAUACUUGCUGUGAGUGCAUAUUUAGAAUAGCAGCAUUUGAUUCCUACUGAAAAGCAAAAUGGUUUUGAAAAGUAGCCCCUGCACAUGCAGUUUCCAUCUCUUAAACCUUCAUAUCUCCUCUACAUUCCUCUCAAGUUUUCCUUCCUCCACUCGCCCCAAGGAAACGCAGGGGACUUAGGUCACAAAGUAUUAAGGCCCCAUUCCAGCUGAAGCUCUUAAAGCUGCUCUAGUACAGGGAUAUUUCCUCGGGGAAGUAAAAAAUCAUCCUGGGGGCGUAGCAGAGCUGCCCGGGGGGGGGGGGGGAGAGAACUUUUGUGUAUAUAGGCCAGUUUCCUAUUGUGUGCUGCUAGUGCCAAGUCAUGGGACUAUGUUCCUACCCCUUGGGCUGGAGUCACCUGUGUGGCCCCUGGUGGGAGACUAAGUGGAUCUAGGCCUAUCUCCACUUUUAUUAGGUAUAAAACAAAAAUGUGACUCUGGAGUGCAGAUAAUUCUUCCUUUCCUCCCCCAGCUCACCAGUCUUUUGGAUAGUGGUGGGGUUAUUCUUUGGGCCCCAGUCGCCCUUUUAAAAUUCUUCCCACGCUGAUACGUAGUCAGCAAGAAAAACCUUCUGGUGUUAGAGUGGGGGGCGUGCAGAGCAAGUCCCCAGCUCUCUAGUGAUGGAGUUGUGCCACUCUGCCCCCCGGGAAGGCAGCGACAAGGGAAUAUUUAAUGUUGGAGUUCACAGCUGUUAGAGCUGGGGAGGCACUUCCUCUCCUCUUUUUAGAAUAGGGAACAGUCUCUGCAGCUGUGGAGCUUCUGUGGGCUAGCAGCCGUGGAGGCAAUUUUUCUGCUGGCUUGGGACCUAAUUGUCUGUAAAUGUUCAUUUCUCACUCCUAGAACUUGAAACCAAUCAGAGAGAAUUAAACCAAAUUUAAUAAACUACUAAUAAAAAGGAGAAUCCCUCCCAGAUUGAGCCUUUGUUUGACAAAUAUCUGCCAGCUGCAGAUUUUUACAGCCCACUUGUCAGCUACUGAAAAACAGGGUUUGUAUUAGCAGCACUGACAAACUUGUCUCUAUAUGGAUCUGAACUAGCAGGUGCUGCCAUAAUCAAAGGUGUUUUGAUUCCAUUAACAGUUUGUGCUUGGCAGAAGAAAGAAUAUAUGUAAUGGAUACAUCUGAAUAUAAUGAAUGAUGGGAGGCUGAAAAAUGUGACCUGCCUCUUGUUUUUGUGCAUUCCCCUAAGAGGGGCAUGCAUGUAACCCUUUCUCUGCUGUCUGCUCUUUCGUUGCUGUGUGCAGGCAAUAAAGGAAUACUUGUAUCACUCCUCUAAAAUGCUUCCUUUCUACUUAAAGGGACUGUGGCAUUGCAUCACACUGGUAUCAAUAACAUCCCCCUUUGAACCAGUUUGUUCCAAAUUCAGAUGCCUUGGGGGCAUGCUACACUGAAAAGUUUAAGCUUUCUUCCCUCGCCCCAGAUAUAUUUAUGUUCCUCAAAACCCAAAGACCAAGAGGGACUGUUGCUAUUAAUGGAAAAAUAAUGGAUUACAUUAUUGACUCAGUUAUUUAUGACAGCACUGGCAAGCAUGAAGAAAAAUAGACAUGCACUGAAAUAAUUGAAGAGAUUUUUACAGGGUUUUGUAAUAUUUAAAAUAUUACCCUCCAUGUAAUGUUUAUUCCAAGGUGUGUGUUCCUUUCCAUCUUUCAUCACAGCCUGAGGCGUUCCAAAGCUAAAUGCUAGUGAAGUUCUGAAUAAAAAUGCAGCCAGAAUU